AUUUCCAUUGAAUUAUUGUGUUCAUUUUUUACGUGUAGGAUGUCUUACAUGUGCUUAUCAGGAUCCCCUAAUGUGGAUAAUUUCUACCUGUGACACAUUUAUCUCCAAACCUGUAAGGAAGCCAGCAUGACGAAUAACUCAUCAAUAUAUUACGACGUUUCGACGUUCUUUCCGUCACUGUUGAACCACACGGAGACCCCUGGAGAUAAUGGGACUCCCCCCAGCUCGGUGUGGGAAAUAUACAAACAACAUUGUCCUGAGGCCACCAUGAUUGACAAAUAUCUUACGCCGUAUGUUUACGUUGUCGGUUUCCCAGGAAAUAUUCUUGCUUUGGUGAUCUGGCUUCAGAAAAGGAUGCGAAACUCGUCCGGAUAUUAUCUGGCUGCUCUGGCGUUGGCGGAUUUAGUUUUUCUAUUAUUGCAGAUAGUGUAUGAACUAAAUGAGAAAUGGGGUAUUCGAUGUUUGGACGUGGAAUUCGUGUGUGAAUUUUAUCCCAUCAUAUUCUUAACAUCACAAUAUCUAUCGCCAUUGUUGGUAUUAGCUUUUACAGUGGAAAGGUACAUUUCAAUAUGCCAUCCUUUUUCUAGAGAGAAAUUCUGCACGACGAAAAGGGCAAAGAUUGUCAUUGCAUGUCUCUUUUCUUUUUCGUUUCUUAUAAACGGAAUACAAGGUUAUUUUUGGCACUAUGACAGUGGAGGACGCUGCAGCCUAAGAGCAGAAGUAGUGAGAAAUCAUGAAUCCUCAUUUUGGUCUAUUUGGACCUGGUGUGUUGAGGCACUCGUGUUUUUCCUUGUUCCUAUUCUCAUUCUUGUCUUCAAUAUCCUCGUAAUCGCGGAGGCGAAACGACUGUCGAAGUUUGAGAAGAACCAACUACAAUCACGGACUACCAAGAACUCUGCCACAACUGUCAUGUUGCUCGCUGUGUCAUUUUACCAAAUAUUCACCACUUUGCCUGUCACAAUUGUUGUGACUUUGUAUUAUAGUUUCCCUAUUGGGGACCCAGCGAACUUGAAUCCCCCUGAUUCUAUUUGGCAAAGACAUUUCGACUAUGUGUAUAUCAAGACAAUAAUCGAAGAGAUCGGAUUAACUCAUUAUGCUUGUAACUUCUACAUUUACUGUGUAACCGGAAAGGUGUUUAGACAAGAGUUCAAAAGACUGUGGAGGUCGCUUGUGUGUCUCAAAAUGAAAUCGGCAUUACCAAAUUGGACCACAGAAUACACAAGUCUGCGGGGUAGUUUGCGUAAUAACCCAAAAAACCUAACAGUGCGCAUGUCCAAUGGUCACGCCAAUGGACACAGCACAACGAGCAGUACGAACGGCGUCCAACCGAUGCUUUCUGAACCAACGGAAACAACAUUGUGAACUAUGACACGAUAAACUAUU